AGAUAACCAGCCUGCAGCAACUAGUACAACACUAGCAAAGACCGACCGAUCGAGCAGCUAGCUGCUAGCAAUAAGGAGAGUAAGAGGAAGAAGAAACAUGGCGGCGGGGGGCGUGUGGGUGUUCAAGAACGGGGUGAUGGAGCUGGAGCAGGAGGCGACGAGCCGGAAGGCGCUGAUGUACGUGCCGGCGAACGAGAGGAUGCAGUCGCUGGAGGCGUUGGAGCGGCGGCUCGGGUCGCUGGGGUGGGAGCGCUACUACGAGGACCGCGCCAUCGUGCAGCUCCACAAGCGCGGCGGCGUCGACCUCAUCUCCGUUCCCCGGGACUUCUCCAGGCUCCGCUCCACCCACAUGUACGACGUCGUCGUCAAGAACCGCGACCACUUCAAGGUUGUCGACUUCUAGUUAGCCAUCUUCAUCGGUAAUAUUCUUCAUAUUCUGGGCGGAUAAAUUCGUGGCUCUGCACCACAAAUAUAUGUAUAGACGUCAUAUACGAAUAAGCACCUACGUGUGCGAUUAUGCAUGUGUUGUACUGUCCAUAUGUGACUUAGUAUAUACCCGUGUGCCUUUGUAGGAACAUGUAACCUGUGUGCUGGAAAUAAAAAUAUACGUAUGCGAGUACCGGGGUUUACAAUCUCU